AUGGCACAAGCCCGUAUCACCGUGCACAUCGCCGAUAUUCUCCACCGUCAGCGCUUCAUUCUCCGUAUGUGCAAAGCUUUGAUGCUCUACGGCGCACCCUCCCAUCGUCUUGAGGAGUAUAUGAUGCUCACCACGAAGGUGCUCGAGCUUGACGGUCAGUUCAUAUACUUUCCUGGUUGUAUGCUAGUUUCGUUUGGCGACGCUGCAACCAGAACAUCGGAAAUGCACUUGGUCCGGUGCGCCGAGGGGGUGGAUCUUUCUAAAUUGCACGAUACCCACCGUAUCUACAAGGAUGUGGUGCACGAUUUGAUGGGAGUGGGCGAGGCACUGGUGAAGCUAGACGAGCUAUUAGCCUCUCGUGCGAGGUACCCUCCAUGGGCAUGUGUGCUUAUCUACGGUUUUGCGUCCUCGAUGGUUGCUCCGUUUGGGUUUCGGGGAGGCUGGGUGGAUAUGCCCAUGUGUUUCGGAGUAGGGGUUCUCGUGGGGAUUUUACGGUACUAUGUGUCGCCUCGGUCGAACCUCUACACCAGUGUGUUUGAGGUAGCUGCAUCUAUUGUUGUGAGCUUCCUCGCGCGCGCUUUGGGGUCAAUUCGGGGGGGUAACCUCUUUUGUUUUGCUGCCAUCACUCAGGGUUCCCUUGCGUUAAUUCUCCCGGGCUAUAUCAUUUUAUGUGGGUCAUUGGAGCUUCAAUCCCGGAACUUGGUGGCGGGAGCGGUGCGGAUGUUCUACGCUAUUAUCUACUCGCUUCUUCUCGGGUUUGGUAUCACGUUGGGUGCUGCUUUGUAUGGCUGGAUUGAUAAAAACGCGACCUCCGAAACACAAUGCCCUACCCAGUUGAAUCCAUGGUUCCGAUUCAUUUUUGUACCGGGUUUCACCAUUGGACUAGGCUUAGUCAACCAGGCGCGGUUCUCGCAGCUUCCGGUGAUGGUGAUCAUCUCAGGUGUAGCCUACGUGGCGAAUUACUUUGCGGGCUUGCAUUUCACAAGCGCGACUGAGUUUACCUCGGCGAUUGGUGCCUUUGUUAUUGGGGUAUUGGGGAACUUGUAUUCCCGGCUAGGUCACGGGAUGGCUGUGCUGGCAAUGUUGCCUGCCAUAUUUGUCCAAGUUCCCCUGGGGAUUGCCUCACAAAACUCCUUGCUCGCUGGCGUCACGUCUGCGAACCAGAUUGUGAGCAACGGGACAAAGACCAGUACCGAUACAACUAGUUCCUCGAGCUUGAGUUUCGGAAUAACGAUGAUGCAGGUAGCUAUCGGAAUUUCCGUGGGGUUAUUUGCCGCCGCUAUUGUGGUCUAUCCGUUUGGUAAGAAGCGGUCUGGAACGGGGCUCUUCACGAUGUAG